AAAAUUUUGAUACUUAACUGUUAAUUGAGACUUGUUUAGAUAUUAAAUUUGUAAUUAAAUGACUGGCUUUGACAUGGGAAUCAAAACCAGUUUCACAUUCUUUGUCAAGUAGAAGUCUGGAGGAAAAUUAUUAUUGUUAAACAUCUCUUACUGUCAUCAGUCCGUGUUUUGGUUUGUGAUAUUAUUAAUGCAGUUACUGAGUCUUCAAGCCAUAAAGGAUGUAUUAUUUUAUUUUAAUUCUUUGCCACGUCGCUUUUGUUUUUGCUCAAUAUGAAGUGCCUGCAGCAACAGUGGAAGUAUAUCAUCCUAAGGGAUUUUCAGUAUCAAUUCCAGAUGAAGACGGGAUCAAACUGUUCUCUUUCCAUGGUAAUAUUAAUCAGGAAAUGGACGGCAGGGAAGCAGGAACUUUUUCGAGAGAUAUUCUUCGGCCUGUCAAUGGUAUGUGGACAUUUAGUGACAGAUCAACAAAGUUAAGAGUGGGCGAUAAGAUAUAUUAUUGGACAUACGUGGAAUAUGGUGAUGAAAAUGAAAAAAGAGGUUAUCCUAAAGACGACCAAGUGUUUACAGUUACAAACUUGAUUAAAAAACCACCAGGUAGAGAUAAAAAUAAAGACACCGGUGAGAGCAGACCUAGCGUUAUCACUGAACCUACGACAACGACGACAACGACAACUACAACAACUACUACGACACCCAGUCCACCAACAGUUCCUAAUGUUAAUAUUUGCGAUCCAUCUGUGACUGUUAUUAAUAAUGGACAAAACACAUGCAAAGGAAAACUAAUAUUUUCUGAAUCAUUUAAUACAAAAAUCAAAAGCACAUCUUGGACCUUCGAAAAUAAGUUUGCUGGACUGCCAGAUUACGAAUUCGUAUUAUACACUAACAGACCCGAAGUGGCCUUUAUACAAGAUAAAGCCUUAGUUAUUAAACCAGCACUGAUGGACAAUGUUUAUGGGCCUAAUUUUGUUGAACAGCCCUUAGAUUUAGGAACCAGUUGUACUGGAGCAUUAGGUACUCUAGAUUGUCAUAUAAGACCAGAUGCUGGAUUUAUUUUACCACCAAUAAUAUCGGCCAAGAUAACAACGAAAGGAAAAUUUUCCUUUAAAUAUGGAAAAAUUGAGAUCAGAGCUAAAUUGCCCAAAGGAGAUUGGUUAUAUCCAAUAUUAACUAUAAAUCCCGUGAAGGACGAAUACGGUCCUGGAUAUGACUCUGGUCAAAUCACAAUAGCUUUUUGUCCAGGAAAUGCUGUCUUAAGUCAUAACGUAUAUGGUGGAAUAGUGAUUAGUGGGUCUCCUGUAGGUAGAAAGUAUGGACUCAAAUCUAUAUCUAGAAGUUCUCCAUGGUAUAGUUCGUAUUACAGAUAUGCAGUCACUUGGAAUGAAGAUGGCAUAAGUUUAUCGGUUAAUGACAGGAUUUAUGGAACAAUUUCUCCUCCAUCCGGUGGAUUCUCGACGUUGGCAAAGGCUUUAAAUAUCAAGAAUGCCGAUCGAUGGAAGACUGGAUCGUUAUUUGCUCCUUUCGAUAAAGAAAUGUAUAUAUCAGUGGGUGUUGGAGCAGGUGGAUUAAAUUUUGAAGAUAAAACCGACGGAUCCAAACCGUGGAGAAACUAUGAACGUUUAAGUUUCAAAAAAUUUUAUCAGGCACAACAAAACUGGAGUAGUACGUGGGAUGAAGACAGUCGACUAUCCGUUACAUCUAUUAAAGUAUGGGCAUUAUAAUCGGUUAAUUGUUGGGAACAAAGAUGAGACAAAAUUUGAUGCUUGAUAAAACUUUUUUUGGUGAUUUUGAAAAAGAUGAUUUUGAUAAGCAAUUCAUUCGCAAUUAUAUUAAAUUGCUAUUUGUCCGAUCAGGGAACAAAAAAUUUUACGAAAACCUCCAAAAAAAUAAAGGAAGGAUGAAAAUUUGGAAAUAGGUAGUUGAAAUUGUCUAUUAUUAUAUAAGAAAAAGUUUACAAUUCUACAUCCCCUCCAUUUUACAAAACUUGGGAAAUAGGGGGUGAAAAAUAUUUUCUCAUGAGUGAAAAAAUAUACGUUCAAAAUAGGCCCGGAAUUGGAUGAAAUGACUAGUUCUAAGCAACUUUUGUUCUAUAGAGUUUUUUCACUAAGUCAAUACUUUUCGAGUUAUUUGCGAGUGAAUAAUAUGUUCAUUUUUAACGAAAAAAAAAAAACAUGUUUAUGGACGGUUUUUCGCAGAUAACUCAAAAAGUAAGUACUCCAGCGAAAAAAAUAUGCUUAAUAAAAAUAUAGCUUAUAAAAAAUUGAAAAAAAUGGUGUACGCGUGAGGUCUGCAGACCCAGUAUAAGCAGAGUUGUAGCUAAUGAAAAGUAGGUUUUUCUUCGUCAAAUUCCAAAUCGAAUAUUUCAAUGUGAAAUAACCUAAAAAACAGAGCACUUUUCGGGGAAAAUUCAUUACAACUUUUUUAAAGUGUUUAAAAAAAGGUUUAUUUUUGUUUUUUAAAAAAAUUUCCAACAUUAAAAAUAAGUGAGUUACGCUCAAAAUAUUUUUGGUCCCUUUUAUUUUUUGGUACAAAAAUCGCGAAAAUCACCCCCUAAUUAGCUUCCCAAAUAAAAUUAAUCUUAACCGCUUCACAAGUUACUUUACUUAUUUAUUGUUUAUAUUAUCUAUAAGUUUCAUUGGUUCAAACAGCUCAGUUUUGAAAAAAAUUGGGUUUAAAAUUAAACAUUUUUUUUUAAUUUUGAAAAAAAAAAUAUGGAAUUGUUUAUGGAAUUAACUUAAAAAUUAUUAGUAAUACCAAAAAUCUUAAAGAGUAAUAAAAUGUACGUUUUGCUUUUCUGAAUAUUUUUCCUUUUUUGUCUUCUUUUUAUACUAAAAUUGAUUAUGCUAUUGUUCAAAAUUUGCCUAAACUCGUGAUUAGUUACUUGUUCAAGCCAUUUUAACUACAGCUUUUUCAAAAAUAAGCACUUUGAACCGAUGAAACUUACAAAUCAUAUAAAUAAUACAUAAGCAUAGUAACUUGUGAAGUGGUAAUGAUAAAAUUUAUUUGUGAUGCUAACUAGGGGGUGAUUUUCGCGAUAUUUUUACCAAAAAAUAAAAGGGACCAACAAUAUUUUGAGCGUAACUCACUUAUUUUAAUGUUACAAGUUUUUUUAAAAAACAAAAAUAAUCCUUUUUUUAAACACUUUAAAAAAGUUGAAAUGAAUUUCCCCAAAAAGUGCUCCGUUUUUGGGUUAUUUCACAUUGAAAUAUUCGAUUUGGAAUUUUAUGAAGAAGAACCUACUUUUAUUAGCUACAACUCUGCUUCUACUGGGUCUUCAGACCUCAAGCAUACACCAUUUUUUUUCAGUUUUUUAUGAGCUAUAUUUUUGCUAAGAAUAUUUUUUUCGCUGAAAUACUUACUUUUUGAACAUAUUCACUUGCAAAUAACUCGAAAAGUAUUGACUUAAAAAAACUCUAUAGAACAAAAGUUGGGUAGAAUUAGUCAUUUUUUCCAAUUCCGGACUUAUUUUGAAUGUAUAUUUUUUACCUUCGAGAGGGGGGUAUUCCCCUCUAUUUUUGAAAAAUGGAGGGGAUGUAGAAUUGUAAACUUUUUCUUAUAUAAUAAUAGACAAUUUCAACUACCUAUUUCCAAAUUUUCAUCCUUCCUUUAUUUUUUUUGGGGUCAGAUUUUUCUUUGAUCCAAUAAUAUGCUUUUAUGAUAUAUGUAGGUACAUAUGCUUUGAUAAUAAAACAAGAAAAUAAAAAGUUGUAUAAUGAGA